ACCACAUCUGUCACGUGUCUUACGAACUGCAAUUAGUCACCUGACUACAUCUGUCACGUGUCUUACGAACUGCAAUUAGUCACCUGACUACAUCUGUCACGUGUCUUACGAACUGCAAUUAGUCACCUGACCACAUCUGUCACGUGUCUUACGAACUGCAAUUAGUCACCUGACUACAUCUGUCACGUGUCUUACGAACUGCAAUUAGUCACCUGACUACAUCUGUACAUCUGUCACGUGUCUUACGAACUGCAAUUAGUCACCUGACCAUAUCUGUCACGUGUCUUACGAACUGUAAUUAGUCAUCUCACCACAUCAGUCACGUGUCUUACGAACUGCAAUUAGUCACCUGACCACAUCUGUCACGUGUCUUACGAACUGCAAUUAGUCACCUGACCACAUCUGUCACGUGUCUUACGAACUGCAAUUAGUCACCUGUCCACAUCUGUCACGUAUCUUACGAACUGCAAUUAGUCACCUGACUACAUCUGUCACGUGUCUUACGAACUGCAAUUAGUCACCUGUCCACAUCUGUCACGUAUCUUACGAACUGCAAUUAGUCACCUGACCACAUCUGUCACGUGUCUUACGAACUGCAAUUAGUCACCUGUCCACAUCUGUCACGUGUCUUACGAACUGCAAUUAGUCACCUGACCACAUCUGUCACGUGUCUUACGAACUGCAAUUAGUCACCUGUCCACAUCUGUCACGUAUCUUACGAACUGCAAUUAGUCACCUGACCACAUCUGUCACGUGUCUUACGAACUGCAAUUAGUCACCUGUCCACAUCUGUCACGUGUCUUACGAACUGCAAUUAGUCACCUGACUACAUCUGUCACGUGUCUUACGAACUGCAAUUAGUCACCUGACUACAUCUGUCACGUGUCUUACGAACUGCAAUUAGUCACCUGACUACAUCUGUCACGUGUCUUACGAACUGCAAUUAGUCACCUGACUACAUCUGUCACGUGUCUUACGAACUGCAAUUAGUCACCUGACUACAUCUGUACAUCUGUCACGUGUCUUACGAACUGCAAUUAGUCACCUGACCACAUCUGUCACGUGUCUUACGAACUGCAAUUAGUCACCUGACUACAUCUGUCACGUGUCUUACGAACUGCAAUUAGUCACCUGACUACAUCUGUACAUCUGUCACGUGUCUUACGAACUGCAAUUAGUCACCUGACCAUAUCUGUCACGUGUCUUACGAACUGUAAUUAGUCAUCUCACCACAUCUGUCAACGUGUCUUACCAACUGCAAUUUUUAUGCUCAAUACUAAAGUCGUACAGAUCAAAGCUAUAAUGAUAAUGAUAAUAAUGUAAUAGUACAGUGGAACCUCGAUUUAACGAUAUGGCAAGGGACAGAAAAUUUGAAAAAUCUCAUCAACAUAUAUCCCAUAUAUUUUACUGGUACCAGAAAUCAAUUUCGUCAUACCUAGAAUAUCGUUAUAUCGAGUGUCGCUAUACCGAGAGUAUCGUCAUAUCGAGUGUCGCUAUAUCGAGAGUAUCGUUAUAUCGAAUGUCGCUAUAUCGAGAGCAUCGUUAUAUCGAGUGUCGCUAUAUCGAGACUAUCGUCAUAUCGAGUGUCGCUAUAUCGAGACCAUCGUCAUAUCGAGUGUCGCUAUAUCGAGACUAUCGUUAUGUCGAGUGUCGCUAUACCGAGACUAUCGUUAUGUCGAGUGUCGCUAUGCCGAGAAUAUCGUUAUGUCGAGUGUCGCUAUACCGAGAGUAUCGUUGUAUCGAGGCUAUCAUUAUAUCGAGAAUAUCGUUAUAUCGAGUAUCACUAUGUCGAGAAUCCACUGUAAGUAAUUCGUUUCAAGUAAAUUUCCAGAGUAGAUAAAAAUAUAGCCUCCCUCGCAGGCGUUUUUAGGCAGGCAUCGUUGUGGAGGGGAGCGAGCGACGCCUGCCUAAAAACGCCUGCGAGGGAGGCUAAAAUAGUGCCACCCUGCGAAUGACAAAACGAUUUUGACUUAUUUGUUUACUCCGGCUGUAUUGCCUUAUGAUUUUACUUAUAAAAGUUUAUUUGUUUUUUACAGUUUCUUUUUUCUAUUUUUCUCAUUUUGCGUUUGUUUGUUUCCUUGUUCAUUUCUUUGUUUCUGGUGUCUCUGAGUGUCUCUUGAAUUUUCGUGUGGUCUUCGGUUCUGCGCACCUCCUUUACUAACGCGCACAAACCAGACCAGUAGAUGCUAUCUAUCAUCGAGACUGUCAUGUUGGCAAUUUGAAUUUAUAUCACUCGCCAAACAAACAGAACUCAGUAUUAUCGGUAGUAAUCGAUAUUAUUCGGAACAGACUUGGUAUAGUAUCGAAAGGAGCUCGGAAUUAAUCGGGAGUGAAUCGGCCUUAUUCAGAACAGACUCAGUGAUUAAUCGAACUUAGCUCGGAAUCAUUUGGAACAGACUCGUUUUUAUUUGGCAGUACUGGGUAUCAUUCGAAGUGCCUCGGUAGAAGUUGGGAGUGAAUCGGUAUUAUUCAGAUCAGAUUCAGUACUAAUCGAAAGUAACUCGUAAUAUAUUAUUUGGUUCGUAGUUGCUCGGGAUUACUCGGUGUUAACUCGUCAGGCCCAAGAGUGUCGGCCAGUCUGCGUUAAACGCGGCUUUCUUGUGACGCAGGAACUCUCGGAUGUGUCCAUAUAAGGAUAUAACAUUGAUUGAAAUGACGUCAUUGUGUGCAUCUUUUCGUGUGAAAUAUUACACUCCCAAACGGACCAGUACGCCCCCUUCCUCCUUCCCAACCGCACACUCAUCAACCGAGUCGUUCUCAGUUUUCUUUGUAUACAUGGUGUUUUUCAUACGAUACCGCCCACUCUUCGUGCCCUUGGCAUUUGUGCGAAAUUCCCUCCACUAAUAUUCCCUUCGCUAUGUAAAUAGCGUUAUAAGACUAAUGCCUACUUGAGCUCUCUGCCGUUCGUGACUCGAAUUUGCUGCUAACUGUUCUCAAAAUCAGGACGACAAAAAUGUCACCCGUUUGAGCCCAAUUAAACUCAAUUACUGCACCGGUAAAAAGCUAUCAGUGGGUUUAAUAACGAGUUAGUGCGAGAGCUAACUUAUCCCAGAAGGACGCGAACUAAUCUUCCGAAAUGAAUUACUGAACAAAGCAAGCAACUGGUCUCUUAACCGCAGAAAUGUACCUGCGCUGUAAAACAUUUCCCGGCACGCCACGCGUGCUGCCGUUGCCAUGGGGCACAGGUGGUGUUUUGGCGGGAGUUGUUUUGUCCUAGUUUUCCCGCUAGUGCUCUACCAAUUAGUUUGGCCUCGAUGGAAUUAAGUAUUAAAGUCCGAUUUGAUUAUUCUAUUGGUGGUCUAUUGUUAUUGGGGUAGGAUUUACUGUCAAUGAAUCCAACCAUUAUCGCCUUUUUACUCCGAUUUUUAUUGUUUUCCAUCAAAUGACAAUAAACAUUGAGUUUACUUAAAACGUUGAACGAGAGCUUUUGUUUCGUCCCUGUUCUGAUGUAUUCGUGGUUUGGUAUUAAACGAACAAAUUAAAACCAAAUAAGAAACAACCACGAAGAAUUCUUAUUGAAAACUUUUAAUUCCUCAAAACGUGGAACCGUGUCUUCUUUUUACUAUGCUUUUAAUUUUCGUAUUCUGUAAUAAAACUAUUUUGAGUGUUAUUAAAAUGAAGUUGUUUAGUUCGUAGACAUUCUUUUCACCUAGCAACGGAGUCAACAUUUCAACCUAUCUUAUAUUUGUCAAAUAGGCUACCAUUAUCCUAAUUUCACUUUUUGUUCUCUUUACUCCAUUCAAUUCAAAAUAAAAAAGAAACAAAUCCAGGCUCAUUUGAAUUGGCUUGUAAACUCUACUCCACUUUAAAUGUAAAGUGACUUGGACUUAGAAUAAUUUCCCCACAUUUAGGCUGAAUUUGUUCUCUUCGUUUUAUUAUAUUUAACUUUAUAGAAGACGGCUAUUAUAGCGCUAGCCAAUCAGGGAGCGACUUCACUUCUGUAGUGUUUUCAUGGUGUUUCUCAUUAGCAUAACACGGCAGAGAACAGUAAAAGAAAGAGGGAAUUUCUUCUAAUUCCGUGUUCGCUAUACAUCUCGCGCCAGAUGUAACGAUUUCGUGCAUAGUGUGACAUUUACAAUGCAAAAGUCAGUGCCGAAAAAGCGUCGGUUUGGCUACGGAUAGUAGAAGAGUAUAAAUGGGGAAAACCUCGGGAGAAUCGCGUAUUUCCCCCGGUUCAGUACGAUGGGCAGCCGACCUUGAGGACGUAGAACCGACAGGAGAAAAGCACGAAAAAACAAAAAACCCGAAAAUGGAUUCCGGGAAAGCGGGGAACAACAUGGAAAGCAAGAAAUUGGCAAUGAACGGCCGCACGAAAUCGGCCUCAAAAAUCAGUACAUCGAGUGUCAAAGUCGCAUUUUUCCGAGACCAGCAACAAAGCUGCGAUACGUCUAAUUCCGUAUGGACAAACGUGCGUCGUGCCUUACGCCUGCCUUCUUACAAAGUCGAGUUAUUUUCCAAGCCACUGGAAGAUAUAUACCACCAUUAUUACGAGCAACAGAAGCUCGAUCGCAUUUUGUACAUCAUCCUCUUGGUUUUGCUGGUCAAUGUGGCGUUAAUCGCUAUGUACGCCGCCGUGUUCAAAAAACCUAGUAGUUAUACUCAAGUCAGUCGACUCAUUGUCACUGGCGUUUACGGGGCCUUCUAUCUGCUCUUAGUCGUCCUUUAUGCCUCUAAGCUGUACCCGGCGCGACUGAUGAAGUGUUUACCGUACCUCGUAUGGCUCGGCAUCUUUUCUCAGCUACUAGUGGAUCAGGUCUUAGGGUACGACCCGCUAACUCCGAGUGACUCUGUGGGCAUGUUCGCCUUUUUCUCCUUCAUUAGUUAUGUUAUGCUGCCGGCUAGGCUGGCCCUCUGUGCUGUAUUCGCCAUCAUGAUCUCCAUUGCUCAUUUGGUCGUAGCGGGGACGCAAGCAAGAAUGAAUCUGAACUAUCUCGGCCAACAGCUUGUCGCCAACACCUUGGUGUUCGUGUGCGCAAAUAUUCUGGGCGCAAUCGAUUAUCACAUCGCAGACCGUAAGCAGAGACGAUCCGUCCUGGAGACGAGGGAGUCUCUAGAAGUGAAGCUUACAUUGGACGCGCAGAACCAGCAACAGAGGCGUUUGCUCCUGUCUGUUUUACCCAAACAUGUGGCCGAAGAGAUGACGAAGGAUUUCGAGGGAGAUGGAAACCCUGCUCUUACAGACAACGCCUUCAAGAAGCUUUUCAUCAGGACACACGAUACGUGCAGUAUAUUGUUUGCGGACAUUGUGGGCUUCACGGAGUUGUCAUCCAAGUGCACUGCGGAACAGCUGAUCGUUACUCUUAACGAACUCUUCGCCAAUUUUGACAAACUCGCCGCGAAAAAUCACUGUCUUCGAAUCAAAAUUCUUGGCGACUGUUACUACUGCAUCUCGGGUCUGGAUGACAGCUGUAACCACGCAUUAUGCGCUGUUAAUAUGGGUUUGGACAUGGUAGAGCAUAUUGCCCACGUGCGUGAGGAGAAAGGCGUCAAAUCUCUGAACAUGCGCGUGGGAAUCCACACCGGCAUGGUGCUGGCGGGGGUCCUGGGGCAAAGAAAGUGGCAAUUCGAGGCGUGGUCAAAUGACGUCACACUUGCCAAUCAUAUGGAGUCUGGAGGCAUUCCUGGUCGGGUGCACAUUUCUGAACCGACGCUGAACUCCAUCAAAGACUACUUCGAGGUGGAAGACGGUGACGGCGGGUCACGUGACGACUAUCUCGCGGAUAAGAAAAUCAAGACGUACCUGAUAACACAAGCGAAGCCAAUAUGGGACGGGGAGAAGGAGGACCUGGAUACACUUGUGUUACCACCGGAAACCUCACCCGAAAAGAGAAGGUCGUCUUCUCCACCAGAGGUGGCGAAUGAUAAAGACUCAAUUAUCGGUCGCGAUGGCAACAGACGCAGGACCUCGUCUUAUAUGGAGGAUUCCGAAAAAUCGGAUGCAUCAACGACGUCAAACGAGAAAAUGCUCAAUAAACUCCUCUGUGAAGUUCUCGAUGAACGAACAGUAGGAAAAAUUCAAGAAGACAUGAAUCCUGUCACGCUUAGAUUCAAGAACUAUGACGUCGAGUACCAGUACGCGCUUGAAAAGCAAGACAUGUGCUCCGAAGCUCUUUCCUGUCUAUGCAUCAUCAUGUUGUGCUGUUAUUUCGUAGAGCUCGCCAUUCUGCCGACGUCGUUACGAAGUCAUCUGGUAUUUGGUAUCGGGUUUUUAUUGAUGUUUGUCCCUACGGUCCUCACAUUUGCCGUCAAAUUUCCUCAGACAUGUGGGCCUGUGCUUUCCGUCUCGUACUUACUGGAAGGAAGCAAGCCAGCACGCACUCUCGUCGCUGCCCUAUGCGUCAUUGUACUCGCUGGAGCUGAGCUUAUAGACUUUUUGGAUUGCUCUUCAAGAGAUGUCUCAAGUGAUAUGAUUCGCACAUGGAUUAAUCAAUCUAAAUCACUGGAUCCCACUAGCGAGUAUUGUGAAUACCCACAGUACUUCUCGUACAACGGUAUCCUGAUUCUGGUUGGGAUCUCGGUCCUUGUCCAGCUAAGUCACGCGCUCAAGGUCAUGCUGAUGAUUGGUGUACUCAUAGCCUACUGGAUCAUCAACCUCGUUAGACAGGACAAGCUCUUCGUAAACUACGACAAAUAUGUUUAUUUUAACAGCGGGUCGACGUUUGUUCCAAAGAUGUACUUUUCAUCGGUUGUACUUGCUUUGACCUUCAUCAUCCUUGCCCUCCACGGGCGACAGGUUGAGCGUACUGCAAGACUGCUCUUCUUGUGGAAGAUGGAGGCGGAUGAAAAGAAAAAGGAGGUUGAAGAGUUAAGACGAAUAAACCAGAAAUUGUUAUACAAUAUUCUACCUGGUCAUGUGGCAGACCACUUUCUGCAACACCAGAAUAAGGAUGAGACGGAUUUAUACAGUCACUCGUACAAGCGGGUCAGCGUCAUGUUCGCCUCGAUCCCGAAUUUCUCUGAGUUUUACUCAGAAGACAACAUAAAUAAUGGAGGUGUAGAAUGUAUACGUCUUCUCAAUGAAGUCAUCACCGACUUUGACGAGGUGCUGGCUGACCCCCGGUUCUUGGGCGUCGAGAAGAUCAAGACGAUCAGCAGUACUUACAUGGCGGCUUCCGGUCUGAGACCCGAGUCCGAGGACGCAGAGGAAUCCCAAAACCUUGUGGACAUCGUCGACUUCGCGCUUACUUUGCGAGAUAAGCUGGACUUUAUCAAUCAGGAAUCCUUCAACCAAUUCGUUCUACGCGUCGGUAUUUGUCAAGGCCCUAUUGUAGCUGGAGUCAUCGGCGCGAAAAAGCCGCAUUAUGAUAUCUGGGGUAACACGGUGAAUGUAGCGAGUAGGAUGGAGACUACGGGCAAAGCGGGCUGUAUUCAGAUAACCGCGCAGACUUACGAGACAAUCAAGGAUAAAGACUUUGUGUUCGUGUACCGUGGUGCAGUGCGCGUGAAGGGCAAAGGUCAACUCAUCACCUACUACCUGACGGGAAGGAAAAACACGUCACAGGUCAAGCUACCGAACCAGAUAGUAUAGUGCGCAGUCCCUCGCAGCCGCCGAAUACAUAGGGAUUCCGCAACGGUGAAGAAUUAUGCAACAGGGUACCUUAGAGCAGUUGUAGCGGUAUCUCCAUUUUAUAUAAUAUCUACUGUCUCGGGAUACUUGUGCGACAGGGUACCCGCGGUUAUUUGCGUGCUGUUUAUCAUUAGCCCGCGAGAUAUGAGAUUCGUUACCAUGGUUGCGCUAUUGCAGGCCAUUUAUAUACAUAACCAUUUAUAUAUUGAUUUUCAGAAGACCGUGAAUUUAUUAUCGUUGUGUAAGUUUUCAUUUCGUUCCUAAGUUAGCGUUUAUAGCUUUGCUUUUCGUAAUUUCCGGUAUUGGCAGAGAAAAAAAUACACAUCAGUAAAAUAAUGGUGAAGAAAUUUUGACCGUGCUGUACGUAACUUUCAGAUGCUUUGUUUGACUAUACAGUUUAUGACUUAACAUUUUAUGCCUCGGCUACCAAAGAUAUCCCAUUCUUAGAAAUAUCUCAUGUACUGAAUAUGGAAGCAAAGACAAAAAAUUCUCCAAAGAGCCCCACCCCCUCUACGCGCUACCUUAGGCACCUAGAACUGCCAGACAGUUAGCCAAUGAGAAAGCGGACCCUACUUGAUUGACAAGAUCUGCAACCUUAUUUAAAAUAGGUGUACACCCAUGCUUGUGGCAGUCGUUUUGGUUUUUAUGUCAUACUUCGCGUUUUACACGAGGCAACUCCUCCUGUCGAAAUUUGCAUUUCGAAUUGCAAAGAGAUAAAGCGUUUAACACUAUCCUUUUUGCAGCUUGUAAUGCAUUUUUUGUUGUGGUGCAAGUUGCAAGAAAUGUUGAAAAUGUUUCUGCAACCUAUAAAUUUGUUUGCGUUUGUCAUAAUUGCAUUGCUAGUUGCAGGAAAUAUAGCCACGUGUAAAAUGAACUUUAAAGAUGCCCUUAUUGUUAUCACCGUCGUCACAAUGUCGUUAUGUCCAUACCGUUAUGUCGGGCUUAUGUCUUUAUGUCGAACUUUCACACUUGAACGUGCGCGCGCCUAUGUCGUUAUGUCAUUAGUGUACACCAGGCAUAACUCACGGGUUCUCAGCCCUUAGCCGUGGUAUGUGACAGAAUAUGGGUUAAAUUUAGAAGGUUUUAAAUAUUAUGCCUUAAUUGCAAAUACAGCGUAUUGUACGUACCACUUUAAGUGGUUUUCAAAAACCCGUGAACUACUAUUUAGUUUAUUUAGUACUAAUUACCGGUAAUGCCUUUUUUUCUCUUUUAUUCUGGCUUGACUAUUACACAUUAACAAUUACAUUUUGUUGCACGCGAUUUUGAAAACCACUUUAAGUAAAAGGUAACGCACGGGUUUUACUUCAAGUGUGAACGCAGCUUAAGAUGAUCCUAACUGCUCCAGUAUGUACGUCGUGGUGACCUGGACUCAACAGACCGGAUACCAUGAAGUGCCUAUAUAUAUAUCAACAGAUACUAUCCUAGCAAUAUUGUCUUUUCCGGUGCGUACUUCGUGAUGUUUUGCAAAUAGUGGGCUGAGACCAAUCUCAGUAGCCUGAGAACUAGACUGCCAGUGGGGUCUCCCAACCGAGCACUCUUUGUUGACAACUAUCGUGCUAUAACUUGCCCUUUAACACCCCCAAAAAACUGGACACCAUAAUGUACUUAUUUGUGUUAGAAAAUUUCAUAGGAGAGAGACUUAGACCUGUGCCCAGUUCUCGUCUCCUUAAACUUAGUCCCGCAGAGGUUUACGGAAAGGACGGGGAUUUGUUAGAGUUAUGAUAGACAAUAAUGCGUUGUGCUAUCGGGGGUCUGGUCAAAGGGCUAUGAUGUUAUCAAAUCACCAGCUGGACGAUCCCGUGGGGUUCCACUAGAGAGUUAAUUGCUUCUGUAUUGCUUCACUGCUCGUAUGCCAGGAGCAGAGAAGCUUGGGAUCUCAGGCACACAGCGAAACUCUGAUCCCGUACAAACAGCGCCGGCAUCGCUUGCCAGCCUAGCCGAACACAAGACGACAUACUGCGAUUUCAAUAUUCUGCGAACCCUCGUAAAUUAUUCCCAACUUCUAACCACUCUUUGGCUUCCGUCAUUCAAAGUGACACAAUAGGUGACUCACACUAAAAAAAAUAUGACUUUUUUAUUGGCAAAUUCACGCUAAAAUGGCUGCGCAAAUUAACGCCAGAGAUCAACCAAACAUUGGAUCUUUAAGUGAAAGAAAGUCCUUUAUGAAUAGAAAUUUUCUUGCUUGUAUUUGCGCUGCACGACUACUAUUACGAUUAGUGCUUUAUGAUAGGUCGUCUUAGCAGAUGGCAGAGACAUGUUGGCCAAUAAAAACGCCUAAAUUAUUUUGAUGUCGGAAGCCGCGAGAGUACGCAGAAUGUUGGAAACCGCAACCGCGUGUUUUCCCAGCAAUGUGUGCGUUGCCAGUACUGUUGUUAAUGUUGUCAGCAAUGCUGGGCGUAUUGUCAGCAAUGUUGGGUAUGUUGUCAGCAAUGCUGAGUGUUUUGCCAACAAUUCUUGUUGUGUUGUCAGCAUGUUUAUGUUGUCAGCAAUGUUGAGUGUGUUGUCAGCGAUGUUGAAUAUGUUGCUAGCAAUAUUGGGCAUGUUGCCAGCAAUGUUGAGUGUGUUGUCAGCAAUGUUGAGUAUGUUGCUAGCAAUGUUGGGCAUGUUGCCAGCAAUGCUGAGUGUGUUGCCAGCAAUUCUGGGUGUAUUGUCAGCAAUGCUGUAGCUGUUUUCUGGACAGAUGAAAUUAUGGAUAAAUAUAGGUAGAGCACUCCGUUUAAUGGGGUGAUUGUAUAAUAUUGAUUCGUCGCUACGCGAAAUGUGGCACUUAGAAAUAUACAAAUAGUUAAUCUUU